CUUUCCAUUUUUUCAAUCUUAUCAUUAUUAUUUUUUCUAAUCAAUAAUUUAAAUUGAACAAAAUCAAACUUGUUUGAUGUUAUAUGGAACUUUCAUCGUAAAAACUUGAAAUAUGGAAAAUAAUAAAGUAGAAGAGCACUCUGUGUGCUUGGGAACACCAGUACUUGUCGAGAAGUCUUUCAGUGUUGAGUAUUUCAUUGACCAAAAGUUUAAAAUGCCGGCUAGGUUUAGUGAUGAUGUAAUCGAAUUGUCCGGUGUUUUGGAAUUACAUUCCAAUUCGUUGCAGUGUAAAUUUAUCAUUUUGAAAGCUGUGAAGGAUGGUCUACGCCUUGAUUUAAACCACGAACCUUUCGCAAACGUGAAUUCGUUUGUAAGAAAUUAUUAUCGUUUUACUUUCCGCGGUAAAUGGUACACGAUGAUUUUCGGCGAGGAAUUCGCUGCGAUAGUCAAUGAAAGUGCUGAAACGUCCAAAAGUAUUUGGUAUGGAAACCAUGAUUUGCAUUACGAUAUGAAUACCGAAAACGAACUCGUGGAGAGCGACGCUACGGUGCCCGCAGUAGCGAAAUUGCUACAGAAAGUUACGAAUGAUUUUAUCGUUGGCACGUUAUUGCAUUAAGAUAAUACUGUAUAAUUUCGAAAGAAGUCGACGUCGUGAUGAAGAAAAUGGUUUUCGAAUUUCGAUGGUUUCAUUGCACGAUAUUUUUCUAAUUCCAUUCGCUGUGUUUUCUUUCUAUUUACGAAAUUCAAUACCUGUACAUAUAAGAUAGUCUGAUUUUAUUACCAACAAUAGAUAGUUGCAACGUUUUUUAUGUUCACAAAUGA